AGGCGCACGCUAACAUCGCACUAGGUGCUAGUUAUGGUAGGGAUCCUAGUCGAAGCCGGAAGAUCCAGCGAUCAGGCUCCAAGAUACUGAAAUCGUGUAUCGUUGACUCUGUACGGCAACGGAGAAAGCAAUAAUAUACACCGCGGGACCGGGAGGCUCCAUAUUGGGCUAGAGAGCCAUUGGAUCAACUGCGCUCCAGAUGAGCCUCACCCCAAUUGCAUAGUGGAUAGAUGAGCAACAACUGGACCCGGCGUUGUCCGCAAGCAUGGGUGCCUCGCACUAAAAGGAAGGCGAUGUAACUGUACUGCAUGGUGGCGGUCAGAAACGAAAACUGAAUCCAUGGCAGAUCUUAGCGGAGCAGACACAAGGCCUAGGGGAAGAUAGACCAAGAGGCAACAGCGGCCAUUCACCACGUUGGAAAAGGCUAGUCAGGAUAUAGUUUAAUAGCGGCGAAUCCGCAGCCUGACAGUCAGAUGGAAAGACUAUCGAAAGUGGACGGUGUUAGCGACUCGAAAUUUUACAUCGCUAAUCAACAUGGCGGCAGAGUCACCAACCUCCCGGUUCACCGCCGAGAUGCUUGUGACCUUGGAGAUGUUUAAGGAUUCACAGUGGGAGGAACCGGUCCCUGUUAGUCUCUUCUGGAAUGGUAUAGACUACUCGAUCGCUCGCAAUUUUCUCGGCAACUUUACACAGGCUGAAUUGGCACAGCUGCCCAUCGACCAGGAGAGCACCGCUGACCAGCACUCUAAGCUCAUACUCCUGCUACGACUCCUGCAGGAGAAACUGGAUCAGGAAGAAGCAGCCACUUCCCCCCCGGGCAGCCUCUACACCAGCAACUACCAGCAGUGGUACCGACUAUGGCAAGGGAUUUACGCCCUUCAGGACGAGUUGAACCUUCCCGAAGCGGAACAGACCGUUCGAAUGCUGGUGGACAAGACACCAUAUAAAUCGAACCCAGUGCCGUCGCAUAUGCUAGCGGAGCACCUGGUAAAGGUUGGGAAGUACGAGGAGGCAGAGUGGACCGAGAGACCGAUUUGCGCAUGGAUGGAUGCCCGGCCGCAUUUAGGGCCGUCCUCCCCACAGGCGCUCAACGCUCGUCGGCUUAUCGCUCAAGCCGUGUGGGGACAAGGACCGUCGAGGCGCUCGGAAGCCGAAGCUCUAAUAGCCGAGAUUCACUGGAUCGUUGAGGAGAUGGGCGAAGGGCAGUUUGCAGUUUACCAGGCGGAAGAGAGAAGGCUGAACCGAGAGAUGAUGGCCACUCUCCGAUGACUCUGUUCGUGUCUUUAUGUGAUUAUCCACAGUUAUAAGGACUGUCAAGGUCAAUGCCUGCCGCUGCGCUUUCCCCCGCAAGUGUUACUAGGAUGUGCAAAAUGGAGCCCUCAAGC